UGCUAAACCGAAUGUCAAACUAUCCUACUAGUGGUAGUGGAAUAAUGGACAACACACUUCUGAAUAGGUUUUAUGAUGAUCAUGUGAAAAUGAUAAGAGACGAGACAAGACAAAACAUUAAGGUAGUUAUGCCUAUUGUCGAGGAUAUCCUGCAGUAUGUACAUAGCCAGGACCGACGAUUCAAAUGUCAACCAUUGAAUGUUGGAAGCUAUUAUACACACCUAAAAGUGUCGAGAGCUGAUGAAUUCGAUUUUAGUGUUGUUUUGGAUACACCACAUCUUGUUUGGAGCAGUAAAAGCUCUUCUCAUAGUUAUGGAUUCGACGAGAACAAUGAAGUAGUCAGAAAAGGUUUAACAUUACCAGACCCACCAGUCGGGAAAGGUUUUAUAUAUCUUUCAAAUACCAUACCUAAAUGGAAUAGAGAGGGGAUUAAUGACGGCCCAGCAUGUCUUACAAUUGAUGUUGACAUUAUACCAAUUAAGGUUAAACGCAGAUUCAAAUCACUUGUUGGCGAAGCAGUAAAUCGACCACAUAUUCGCAAAUAUGUUGAUGCUAAAAGAUUAUCAGAUUCACCAGCGACAACGCUCAGAAUUACUCAUCCACAAAUUGCAGGCGAUUCUGUAAGUGUUGAUUUAACGCCUUUGAUAGAAUCAUGCACGCCUUUUGAAGAGAGUUUCAUGUGGCCAAGACAAGAAACACAGUGGCCUUCUAAUGAAAAAGUCGAGAAAUUAAAGUCUAUGGGAUUUCAUGAUAUUGCAAAAGAUCCAUUUUAUUGGACAUAUUCUUAUGCAAGCUGUGAAAAGGAAUUGUUGGAAGGUAUUGAUGCCAAUGGAACUUGUCGGAAAAAAUCACAAAGGAUCAUGAAAAAGCUAAAAGAAGCAUGGUGUCCAGAAGGAAUGAAGCAAGACUUGACAUCUUACCAUUUGAAGAAUAUCCUCUUUUGGGAGUGUGAGGACCACUCACAUGAUUAUGAAUGGUCUGAUGAUAAACUGGCCACUAGACUCAGGUCAAUGUGUGACCGCUUGCUUAAAUGUAUACGGGAAGAAAAUGUACCUCAAUAUUUUCAUCCUCGAGUGAAUUUAUUUUCUACAAAGGACAUUGACGUUCUUAAUCAAGUUGCUAGAAACAUUCAAAAAUUUUUGCGGGAUCCUGUUAGUUACUUGCAGAGGCAUUAUUGA